ACUGGCGUGGAGAAGACAGGGCCGAGGCGGGGGGCGGAGGGCUCAGGCCCGGGCCCCCUGAGCAGCCGGACAUGGAUUCUCAACCAAUCUCUCCUGCCUCAAAACCUCACCCACCAGUGGUGGGCAAAGUGACUCAUCACAGCAUUGAAUUAUACUGGGAUUUGGACAAGAAAAUCCACAGAAAAGGACCUCAAGAACAGUGGUUAAGGUUUUCAAUUGAAGAGGAGGACCCCAAAGUGCACACUUAUGGUAUCAUUUAUACGGGCUACGCAACGAAGCACGUUGUGGAAGGUCUGGAGCCCAGAACACUGUAUAAGUUUCGAUUAAAGGUCACCGACCCCUCUGGAGAAUGUCACUAUAGUCCAGUUGUCUCAGUGUCAACCACCAGAGAGCCCAUAAGUAGUGAGCAUUUCCAUCGAGCUGUAAAUGUGAAUGAUGAAGACCUGCUUGUCCGGAUACUUCAAGGAGGCCAUGUUAAGGUUGAUGUUCCAAAUAAGCUUGGCUUCACCGCCCUGAUGGUGGCUGCCCAGAAAGGCUACAUACGACUAGUGAAAAUCCUCAUCGGGAACGGGACUGAUGUGAACCUGAAGAACGGGAGCGGGAAGGACAGUCUGAUGCUUGCCUGUUAUGCUGGACACCUAGAUGUCGUUAAAUACCUCAGAGCACAUGGAGCCUCUUGGGAGGCCCGAGACCUGGGAGGCUGCACAGCCUUGCACUGGGCUGCGGAUGGAGGCCACUCUAACAUCAUUGAAUGGAUGAUCAAGGAUGGAUGCAAGAUAGACGUUUUAGACACUGGUUCGGGAUGGACGCCACUGAUGAGAGUAUCUGCAGUAUCAGGAAACAAAGAGGUGGCUUCCCUCUUGAUUGAAGCUGGAGCAGACGUGAACGUGAAAGAUAAAGAUGGGAAGACUCCCUUAAUGGUGGCCGUAUUAAAUAAUCAUGAAGAAUUGGUUCAAUUACUUCUUGAAAAUGGAGCAGAUCCAAGUGUUACGAAUGAGUUUGGCAAAGGUGUACUGGAGAUGGCCCGAGUGUUUGACAGACAGAAUGUGAUCACCUUAUUAGAAGACCGGAAGAGAACUCUCAGCCUGAAGAAGGCCUCUUUUUUGAGCUGAGUCUUGAGCUGCUUUUCUCAAGACCUCCGCAUGAAGGACAUGAAACCAUGAACACUGGGCUUUCGACAAGCCCUUUGGCUGGGAAGGAAGGUUGUGCUACCAACUGCUUAUUUAGCUGUAGAUUCUCGGUGACUUUUUGGAACAUACAACUCUUCCCAUGUUCAAAUACAUCUUUUUAGCUACACAUGUGUGUGUGUUUGUGUGCAUGUGUGUGCACAUGUAUGCGGUGCCUUCCUUGUAUGGUCAGCUGUGGGGAUGUUUUCUUGGCUUUGCCCUUUUGGAGAUAGAUGGGAAAGCUGAUGUCUUGGCCCCAGAGAUAGGUGAGAACACAUUCAUUUGUUCCUCAGCGUGUCCCUGGUGCUGCUGGACAACCUCUGUAAUUCUCUCCUCCAUGUGUUUUCCAUUAAGACUCUUCCCCAGCUCCUGACUUCUCAUUUCAGCCAUGCCCACUCAAGGGGCUGGCCCAGGGCCUCCCAUGACAAUCCCUGUCUUGCACCACAUCUCAAGUGCUGCUGCUUCUCUUUGGCAGUGGGCAGGGAGGGGAGAGGCAUUUGCCUCUCUGUUGGUUUGGUCCAACAGGCUGGCACGCUUGGGAUGGGAGGUGUCUUGGGUCAGUGGAAAUCAUUUAAAAUUCCCAGAGUUCAUUUCAGGGCAGAGGUAAAUGGAACUGUAUCCUGGAUGGAGUGAGUACUAGGAGCCAGCCCAAGUAGCCAAACAGCAGAGAGAGUACUGAAGUGAGCAGUAACAUUUUAGAAUCAGUACAAAAUGUUACUAGCUGGCAAGGUACUUUUUGCAUUUGGACAGAAACUGAUGAAGCUGACCAACCCUGGAGGCUGGCAGUCAGAAGGGGUGGGAUUUUCUCAGCAGG